AUGGCGGAAAUGAAAACACAGGAAACUCUCGCGCUCUUUAUCACUCAACUUAAUUCAAAGAUUAUGAACUCAUCACGUGCCAAGGAAAGUCCGUUGAACUAUCUUGAGGCUCGUUUAUCCAACCUGGAAGACUAUUGGAAGGAUUUCUACCGCAAUCACUGGCUGUUGAUGUCAAACCAUCUUUAUACCGAUGCAGAUUACUUCAAGAAUUCCCAGUAUGAGACGAUCGAGGAGGAAUACAUAGCCACCAAAGCUGCCAUCAAGCGAGAAAUCAGUAAGCUCACUACUCUGAAGACAUCAAAUUCACUUGAAACCUCUUCUCAAGGUAACAAUGGUAAAGAAACAAAUUUUAAACAUUUACCCAUAUUAACCCUUCCUAAGUUUUCUGGUAAUCAAUUGGAGUGGGAAACCUUCCGAGAUUUGUUUACAGCUAUGGUCGACCAGGCGGCGCUUUCCGAUGUUCAAAAGCUUUAUUACCUGAAAUCAUCUCUCACAGGUAAAGCUGCUGAACGCAUAAAAAAUUUAACUGUAAACGAAAACAAUUAUCUUCAGGCUUGGACAAUGCUUGUCAAGCGUUACGAUAAUCAACGAAUUCUAUUGUCAGCGCACAUGCGUAAAUUACUUUCUUGCCCACCCGCGUCUAAAAGGUCUGUUGAUGACAUUUUAAGACUUUUAGACACAACCAAUGAGUCGAUUCGAGCUUUUUCAAAUAUGAAUAGACCAGUUGAUUUGUGGGACGAUUGGUUUGUACAUAUUCUAACAAACAAACUUGAUCCAGUUACGCGCGAAGAAUGGGAAUAUUCGCUGAAAGAUUCUGAGGAUUUUCCGAUGUAUGAGGAACUUUCUUCUUUCUUCGAAACCACUGUCAGAGCUUUAGAAGCUUCUCAUCCCAUCGAGAAUUCUCCUAAAGCUCAAAAUAACACAAAAUCCAAACCACAAUCUAAUCACUUCGAUAAAAAAUCCAAGAAGUCGCAAAUUUCAGUCAAUCACUCGCAGACUGAAACAAAACCGAAGUCAAAGGCUUGCCCUCUUUGUCAGACCUAUCAUUAUCUAUCCUACUGCCCUCAGUUUAAGAAACUGAAGGUAACUCAACGGAGUGCUCAAGUCCAACGCUUAGGACUCUGCUCCAAUUGUCUCGGCGGAACUCAUAAACUUGAUGACUGUUCGUCAACUAAGAGAUGUUUUGUGUGUUCUGAAAAGCAUCAUACCUUUCUUCAUGAUGCUAGUGAACACGCCGAACCUGGAACUUCAAAUCAAGCCUCUUCAACUUCUUCUGAACAGGCAAGUUGCAACGCAUCUUACCUUUCCAAUCAUCUCGCUAACCCAGUCGAAAGUCAAUCAAGGGGCAUUUUCGCAACUGCCAAUAUUAAACUUACCUCGCUGAAAGAUAAAUCAAUAACUGUAAAAGCAUUCCUCGACUCCGGUUCUGAAAGAACACUCGUGACUGAACGAGUUGUUCAAUUCCUUAAAUUACCUAAACAGAAAUGUGAUGUCUCUCUGAAAGGCAUCGGUAAUUCUACACUUGGAAACUCCAAUUAUAAGGUUGAUCUUUGGUUGAAUUCACCGAAAGAUCCUGACUUCCAGUUACCAAUCAAUGCUCUAGUCCUGAAAUCCCUGAUUCAACUCUUACCUAAGAGCAGACCUGAGCACAGUAACUGGCCACAUCUCGCCGAUCUAGAUCUUGCCGAUCCUCACUACUAUAAUCAGGAUCCUGUUGAUUGUGUUAUAGGUAUUGAUCUGCUUGGUCACACUUUGCUUCCUGGUCUAAAGCAAGGUCCUUUAAACAGUCCCACAGGCCUUCUAACAACAUUUGGUUGGAUCAUCUUUGGUCGAUCUAUUUCCCAAUCCACUGAUUCACAAAAUUGCCUUUCCACGCUCCAAGUGGAAGAAAAGGAUUCGCUGAAUCAACUCCUUCGUGCCUUCUGGGAAGUUGAAGAACUUCCCAAGCAAACUUUUCUGACCAACGCUGAACUGGAUUGCGAGAAUCUUUUCAAGGACACCCAUUAUCGAAAUGAAUUGGGUCAAUAUGUUGUUCGCUUACCGGUGUCUACAUCACCUGAUCAAUUGGGGAAAUCGAGAGAACAAGUCGUUUCCAUGUUUCUUCGAACUGAAAAACAACAUUCAAAAAAUCCUGUCGCUCAAUCCAAGUACAAUGACUUCAUAUUUCAAUACAUUGAAGACACACACAUGAGACCCGUUGAUGAAAACGAUUCUAAAGCUCCAUUUGUUAAUUACAUCCCACAUCAUGUAAUAACGAAAAACAACGAUCCUUCUUCCAAGAUCAGAGUUGUUUUUAACGGUUCUUUUCGUACUUCCUCAGGAUUAUCCCUGAAUGAGAUCCUCCACCCCGGGCAGAAACUGCAAACCGAUAUUUGGUUGAUCAUCACCCGGUGGCGAUUCUGGAAAUACGUGUUUACCUGCGACAUUGUCAAGAUGUUUCGACAAAUUAGAAUCGAAUUCCCAGACUGUAAUUUGCAACGAAUUGUCUGGAGACCUGACUCGAAUCAACCUCUAGUAGACUACUGUUUGACAACAGUAACCUAUGGGACCAGACCCGCUCCUUUUCUGGCAAUCAGAGUCCUGAAACAAUUAGCGUUAGAUGAAGGGGAGAACUUUCCAUUAGGCGCAGACGUAUUGAUCAACAACACGUACGUUGAUGAUACUUUUGCUGGAGGAGAUUCCUUGGAAGAGGCAACUCAAGUCCGUGAUGAGUUCGUUUCCAUUCUGGCUUCAGCAGGUAUUUCGCUCAGUAAAUGGGCCGCCAACGUCGAUAAAUUAGUCCCUCUUGAUUCUACUGAUGGUGAGAACAAAGACAAAUGCUUCAACCUUGAAACCUCUGUUUCCACUUUGGGGCUGCACUGGAAUCCCGCAUCUGACGAAUUUCACUACAAAGUGUCUCCCAUUGACUCUUCUCAAUCCACUAAACGAAUCGUUGCUUCUGAAAUCGCAAAGCUGUAUGAUCCCCUCGGCUGGUUAGCACCAGUUCUUCUACGAGCAAAAUUGUUAUUACAAAACUGUUGGUUGGCUGGUUCUGACUGGGAUAAAGCCUUACCAAUCAAUCUCUGUUCCGAAUGGACCGAAUUCCAACAUCAGUUACAGCAAUUGAACCUAGUAAAAAUUCCCCGUUGGAUCAACACUGAAAACGAUCAUUCGAAUUGGGAACUGCAUGGCUUUUCAGAUGCCUCUGAAAGAGCCUACUCAGCAGCAGUCUAUAUUGUCCAUCGAUCAUUCGCUGGUGAAUCACAUUCGAACCUAAUCAUCGCUAAAACCAAGCUCGCACCUGUCAAGGCCAUAUCUCUUCCAAAACUAGAGCUUUGUGCUGCGACGCUUCUCGCAAAAUUGACAUCAGUAGUCACUGAAAAAUUAAACUUUCCCUCCAAAUCUAUCCACUACUGGUCAGAUUCUCAAAUCGUUCUCUCAUGGCUUCAAGGUCACCCUUCACGGUGGAAGCCAUUUGUGGCCAACAGGGUCAGUGAAAUCCACUCUUUGGCAAAGGAAAUCCCCUGGAGACAUGUCCCCUCCAAAGAUAAUCCUGCGGAUUGUGCUACCAGAGGAUUCACCGUUGAUGAGCUUCUCAAUUCCACUCUGUGGUGGCAUGGACCAGUUUGGUUGCUGAAAUCACCAGACAACUGGCCUGUUUCGAUUCAAGUCCCUAACCCUAAUCUUGACUUAGAAGCACGUUCAAAAUUUAUUGACAAGGUCGACGAGAUUCAAAUCAACGUUGUAUUGAAUAGAGGAAUCCCCGAGCUUCUUUCUUCUGUCUCGUCACUCACCCAGUUAUUAAGAGUGACAGCAUACUGUCUCCGAUUUAUCCAGACUCUUCGAAAUCCAAACUCUCAAAUUGAACCUUAUCUGACUGCUGACGAGUUAAAACGAAGCUUCUCGACCUGGAUAAAAGUUGUGCAAAACGAUCAUCUUUCUGAAACAAUCGAGUUGUUGAAGAACAAAAAACCGUUACCCUCAGGUAACCCACUGAUCAAGUUAGCGCCAUUUUUGGACAACGAUGAGGUUCUCAGAGUUGGAGGACGGCUCCAAAGUUCCCUACUCUCGUACGAUGAAAUGCACCCAAUCAUCCUGCCAAAAAAUAGCAAACUUUCCGCAUUGAUCAUCACUCGAGCUCAUCUCGAUGCCCUUCAUGGAGGUCAGCAACUUACCCUGAGUAGGAUUCUCAAAAAAUUUUGGAUCAUCAGUUCCAAAACCCUGAUCAACAAAAUCAUUCGAAGCUGUGUCAAAUGCUUCCGUUUUCGAGCGAACUUUCAAACUCAGCUGAUGGGUCAACUGCCAGCUGAAAGAAUUACCAUCUCGAAACCGUUCACAUUCACUGGCUUAGAUUAUGCUGGUCCCUUUCACAUCCUACCGUCAAAAGGAAGAGGCAUCCGAUCAACGAAAGGGUACAUAUGUUUAUUUGUGUGCCUUUGUUCUAGAGUUAUACACCUUGAGCUUGUUUCCAACUACGAGACGAGCGGAUUCCUCGCGGCCUUCAAGCGAUUCACAUCCCGUCGAGGUCAAUGCGACAAGAUACUCAGUGACAACGCCCGAAAUUUCGUUGGUGCUGCGAGAGAACUGCGACAACUCUUCCUUGGCGCUUCCAAAACAUUCAUCCCUGUGGCUGAACUGCUGGCAAACGAGGGAACCACCUGGUCUUUCAUCCCCCCACACUCACCUCACUUUGGUGGGAUCUGGGAAGCCGGAGUGAAGUCGGUGAAGCAUCACCUUCGACGUGUCGUUGGAGAGACACGCAUGACCUUCGAAGAACUGAGCACUGUAUUAUGCCAGAUAGAGGCAUGCCUUAAUUCCAGACCUCUUUAUCCGAAUCCCUCAGAUGCAAAUUCCCUCUCUGCAAUCACUCCUGGACAUCUCCUAACUGGUGGACCCCUUGUUGCCAUUCCUGAACCUCCCUUGUUCAACGAAAAUCCGAGCAACCGAUGGUCACUGAUUACAAAGAUGAGAGACGACUUUUGGAACCGAUGGUCCCACGAGUACCUUCACCAUCUCCAACAGCGCUCGAAAUGGUUGGUAGAAACCAAUGCAGUCAAGAUCGGGGACGUCGUGUUACUCAAGGAGGACAACCUUCCCCCUACGAGAUGGGCUCUCGCUAGGGUUCAGCAACUGCAUCCAGGACCGGACGGACUUCCGCGAGUUGCUACCAUUAAGACUAGCACUACUACUUUGAAACGAGCAUUUUCUAAACUCGCUGUUCUCCCGAUUCGCGAAGUUAGCAACGAAAAUUAA